AUGCCUGGCUACCAAUACGUUGUCACCGGAGGCCAACCUGUCGGUAUGAUGCCCAGUCAACCGAUUGCUAUGGCUGGUCCUCGACCAGGUGGACCACCUGCAGUUGCAUUCCAGCAGGGUAGCAGAAGACAAGUGAUGGUUCCGCAUACAGCGGCUCAGUGGCAACCACAUGUCAUGCAAGUCGGACAGGGAAUGGUUCCAUAUGCCUAUCAAUCAUUCUCCGUACAAGGAGGUGGAUCUGGUGGUGGAAGUGGCGGUGUAGUUCCUCCCCCACCACCGCAAGGUGGCUUCACAGGACCCCAAGCUCCUCCGCCGCAAAUGAUGCCGGGUACUCCUCAGGCUGCUGCUCCUCCACCAGGCAUCUAUCCGCAGCGCUUCGUCCCUGCUCAAGGUUACGUCCUUCCCCAAGCUGGCGUUCAAGGUCAAACGCGGUUCCCCACUCCGCAGCAAACUCCUCAUCAAGCAAUGGAAGCGGCCCAUUUUCAAGCUCAAGGAGCACCUGGAUCGGCCGCAGCGUCAACUGGACCUAACAGCCAGCCACCCACGCCUGGGCCAUCUCCUGCGCAGGGCGGACGAGGCGGUUCUCCUGGUCAACAGGCAGGCGCCAUGCAACAAUCCGUCGGGCCACCGCCGCCCCAGCAAUUCAUGGCGCCCGCGUCGGCGGCUCCACCUCCCCAUUUUUAUGCUGCGGCACAGCCGGUAUACGGAAUGUAUUCGGCGCCUACGGGGCAAGGUAUGGUAGUUUAUGGUGGGCCAGGUGGAGUCCCAAUGGCGGUGCCUCCAGCCCAUCAUGAUGCAGCCAUGAUGCAACAGCAACAUCAACAACAGCAGCAACAACAGCAACAACAGGGUGGCGGUGGUGUUCCCCCUCCGCCUCAUCAACAAUAUGCCAUGCCCCAUGAAGGCUAUGGAAAUUUCGUGCAAGCAACCCCUUUCUAUCAACAACCACCUCCCAGUCAAAUGUCUAGACAAAAUUCAGCCCCUCAAUCAAUAUAUCAACAGCAAGGGCCAGUUAUUUAUCGUUAUUAUUACUGCUGCGGAGUCUCGGUCGUUCCUGGACGUUCGCAUGCCACCGUUGUGAGGUUUGUGCUUGCUCAAUCGCCGGCGACUUGCAAUCACUUGAACUUCGUUUUCGCUGGAAUAGUUUUAUUCAUAUUUAUAGCAGUUUUGAUGAUUAGCAAUCUUGUUUUAUGCAAGAAAGGCAAAGGUCACAGUCAAGAGGACGACAGUCGCCAGACGGGUGGCGGUACGACUGGCGGCAAAUCUGCCACUGCCCAACAGCAGCCAGCUGCUGCAGCUGCUCCGGCCGCUGAUCCUGCACCAGCACCGAAGCCCAUUCCAGCUCCUGCCCAUGAUGGCGGCGAUUACGAGGAUUUCCAUGUUGGCGACAAUCCACCUCCACCACCACCACCACCUUGA